AGUCGCUGAUUUAGUCUCAAACCACCACCUCGGGCAGCUAGCUCGAGGUUCUCUCACAUAACAGUCUUUACCACAUCAUGAAGAUAAUAAUACUUUUAGUUUCAGUGCUCUAUAGUUCUACCGCAGAACAUUAUAAGACGAAGCCGAGCUUCGUGAAAACAUGUUCAUUAAGUGACCCAGACUUUGACGAUUGUUCCCAAGAGGCCGUGCAAUCACUCUUCAAUGCUUUAGGACCUGGCCUGCCAGAAAUCGACCUACCCUCAUUAGAUCCUCUAAAAAUACCGAAAAUUAGGAUUUUACAGGGAGAAGGCCCAGUUAACGUAAAUGCUGCUCUUGAUGAUGUUAUAGUUACGGGUUUCGGCAAGACCAUCGUACUAUUGAGUCAAGUUGACAGUAAGACGUACGACUUUUACACGAAAGUAAGAGUUCCAAAAAUAAGAAUACAAGGCACAUACGACUUAAAAGGAAAAAUUUUGCUAAUACCAUUGGUCGGUAGAGGCAAAUGUUGGUUUGAGCCGAGUAACAUGACAAUAGACAUAGUGAGCGAUGUAAAGUUAUACGAUAAAGGCGGAUUUACUUUUUUUAACGUAACUCAAGUUCAUGUUAAAUAUAAUAUUGGGCUGUUAAAACUAUACAUGCACAACUUAUUUGAUGGAAUCUCUUCUCUCGAGGAAAGCACGAACGCCUAUUUAAAUGCCAAUUGGAGACCCGUGUCGGAGUCACUGAGACCAAUUCUAACAAAAACAAUUGAAGAUAUUUUACUUGGCUUUAUGCAGCAAAUAUUCCACAAUUUACCGGCUAAAUUCAUGAUUGAAGAUAUAAAAAGUAAUAAUUUAUUCAGCAAAAAGGAUGAAAAAGAAUAAUUAACAACAAGUAUUUUAGUUAAAUUAGUAAUUUACUUCAUUGUCACAACUCAAAACAAUUUCUUGUCUUCUUUCUGCAUUUUUUCGUAUUCAAGAAUAUUAUGAAGUUCAAAAAUAUUAUUAAAAUUGCAAAUAUACCUAUUUGUACUAAUUCGUACUUGACUGCUAUAGAUAUAAGAUUAUUUUUUAAGGUUAUGCCUACUUUUGUAAAUAAUACGCUGUAGUUAUAAUCUCUCUUUGUAUAAUUUAAUUUCAAUAAUAGU